UAGUCGAAGAGGAUAAUAUCCUGCGGGACUGAGGAAAGAGAACAGAAAGUACGUCUCAGCUAACCAUGGCUUUAUGGAUUCUUAGCCUUCUUGUAUUCGGACUUCCGUUCUUGUUGUUGAGGAUAUGCGGGGAAUCGAGGAAAAGACAGCUAAAAGAGCCCCCGUUAGUGAUGGGAUGGCUGCCAUUUUUUGGCGUGAUGCUGGACUACAUUAAAGACCCUCUGGGCUUCCUGCAGGCCACCCAGCGACAACAUGGAGACAUCUUCACAUGUAAGAUUGCGGGGAAGUACUUCACCUUUGUCACAGACCCCUUCUCCUUCUCGGCGAUCAUGCGUCAGGGCAAGAACCUGGACUUUCAAAAAUUUGCCAUGCAUUUCUCUCAGCGGGUUUUUGGCCAUGCUGACUUUAGUGGCCCACUGCUCAGCGAAAGCUAUAGAGAGAUCCACGCUCUCUUCCAGCAGACAUUACAGGGACCACCACUCCAGCAGCUCACCGAAGUCAUGCUUGGCAACCUCCAGGCCGUUUUAGGACGGAGCCUCCCAAGCGGGGGUCGCUGGAAGGAGGAAGGGCUACAGAGCUUCACCAACCGCAUCAUGUUUGAGGCCGGCUAUCUCACGCUGUUCGGCAAGGAGGAGAGGCUCCUGCCAGUCGAGAGGGCAGCGCAAGUUGCAGCCACGUGCAUGAUGAAGGCAGAGAGGGAUUUCAUGGUGUUCGACCGGGCAUUCCCUGUGCUGGCGGGGGGUGUGCCCAUCGCACUGUGCAUGCGUGCAUGGCGUGCCAGGGAGGCGCUGACGGAGGAGCUAGUGCAAAGCAAGCUCUACCAAAGGCUGUGCAUCUCAGAUCUGAUCCAGCGUCGCAUGGACGCCUUUAAUCGCAUGCACCUGGAUGAGACGGGGACGGCGCGCACACACGUAUGCAUGCUUUGGGCAUCACAGGCCAAUACACUGCCUGCUGCCUUUUGGAGCCUCUACUAUACACUGAGACAUCCCGAAGCUCUCACUGCAGCUUGUGCUGAGGUUGACAGGGUCUUGAAGGAGUCGAACCAGUCAUCAUAUGAUCAUGACCAGCCAAUCAGCUUUUCUAAAGAGCAGCUGGAGUCCAUGACUGUGCUAGACAGUAUUAUCAAGGAAGCUCUGCGUCUGUCGAGUGCUUCCAUGAUGAUUCGAGUUGCAAGUGAUAACUUUGCUUUCACACUGGACUCAGGACAGACUGCAGUUAUUAGGAAGGGAGAUUACAUCGCUCUCUACCCCCAGCUCAUACACCUGGACCCUGAGAUCUACCCCAACCCCACGGAAUUCAAGUACGACCGCUUCCUGGAUGAGGCGGGUCACGUACGCACAGAAUUCUUCAAGGGCGGCCGGCUGCUGAAGCACUGCCUCAUACCGUUCGGCUCUGGCGCCAGCAAGUGUCCCGGCCGCUACUUCGCCAUGAACGAGAUCAAGCAAUUCCUGCUGCUGGUACUGUGCCGCUGCGAGCUGCACCUGGUCGACUCGGCUGCAGUGCCCGUGCCAGACUCCACCCGCGCCGGCCUGGGUAUCCUGCCACCGUCGUGCGACGUCCCAAUCCAAUACCGAGCCAGAGCAGCGUGGCGAGGUGAAGGGAGAGCUGGCGCUCACUGAGCCGUAGAAAACAAAGGCGUAUGAAGCUUACGUGGUAGUCAGAGGCAUGCAGUGCCAGCAACACAAAGGUCCUGGGUUCAGUUCCCCUUGUGUGCCAUUAUACUGAUAAUAAUGUAAGUCCCUCUUGAACAACAACAAAAUGCAUAAAAGAGCAGGCUUCUGAUACACACUCAGCAGUUACUAGUAGUGCAGCUUGUCUAUAUCUGCACCCAGUCUGUAGCAGCACUAGAAGGCAGUCCGUUGAAGGAUAAAUAUGUGUCCCAGAUUUUUCACACUAUUAUUGAUCAUGAAUGAACUGUUCUGAAAACUACAGGUAGUGCCUAGAUAUUUUUUUUUAAUGUACCCUUAGUUUAAAGCUGGCAUGCUGCACUUUACUCAACAACAGAACAAAAAAAUGAUGUGUCAUACAUGAUGGGAACAAUCGCCUGCAGUAGGAAGAAAUUAAAACGCUGCAUCAUUCAAAUAUGUAAACCUAGGCUCACACUUUUAAUUGCGCAUACACUCGCCCCUACCCACAAUAGUGGUGCCAGAUGUCUGUACUGCAACUUCUAAUUGCCUGUACAUGGUGUGGCAACCUGUUGGUAACAGCUAUAGAGUAGAUUUACCCAAUCAAGUGGUUGCUGAGUUAAGUUCCUUUUUUAAAAAUCUUUUGAUAAAGUGUUAGUUUGUACUGAUAUUACUUACAUAUCUUUUUUACUUUAUUUGCAAAUGCUUGCUUUUUUUUUUACUGUUUGCACAUAGAUAAAAUAUGUUACAGGCUAAUCAAUUUCUUAAGAAAUGAAUAUUUAUCUAUUCAACAAAGAAACAGCUAAUUGCCUUUUUAUAAAAGCGUUUUUGUUCACUUAGCCAAUUAUGAUUAUUAGUGUCAUUGUUGCUGAUGAUUACUGUGAUAAUUGUGUGAAACCUAUCUGAAUUAUUAUAAUGUUUGUUUGAUCUUUGUUCCUAUUGUCUGUUCCCUGUUGUAAUAUAAUGUUCUUUCUUCCAAAGCAGCAUCACCCACCAUUAUGGGACAACGCAAUAGUCAUAUUUCCUUUUUAACUGUUUUUAACUGUAACACUUUUAUUGUAAGUGAUUAAACAUUAUUUUUGUAUGAAAGUUAGCCCUUUUUUUUUUUUUUUUUCAAUUACUGCAUUAAAUUAUUGCGUUGUUGCCCAUAUAGAAGGGAAUAUAUUAAUACAAUAUAUGUCCAGUCUCCAUUAAGGACAAAUAGUGACCCUACAGCCCACCGAUGAGGUCUUACCAACAGAUAUUUGAGUAUUUGUAUCAAGCAGUUUUGUUAUUUUUGACUCUUUAAAUGAGUUUGCAACAGGCAGUUCCUAAAAUUAACCAUCUCUAUUCUUAGUCCAUCCAGUUCAUAACUUUUCAUGUAACCUUUCCAUAUGCUAUAAGUUGGCCAAAUAAAGUCCUGGAAGGCUGUUCACCA